AUGGCAAUUCAGAGGACCACCACAUCAAUUGCCAGCUUACAAGAUAAGGCAGAAGAUCUGUCUAUAGCCGCCGAAUUGAAAUUCCUGAUACCCUUCCUCCCUUGCAAAGGAAAACCCGCUCGAAUUCAUGAUGGGCCGCAGCUGGAAGUUGUUGACUACAUCGAGAGAGCAACGCAGCUUGAUGACGCCUACGACAAACUAAAGCUCUGGCAGCAAACAUUUUCCAAUGUGGCAGCAGCGAUUAGAAACGUCCUUAAACAACAAGCCAUCACGAGCUAUGACCUGGAUGCCAUGAACCAGCAGGAACGUGACUGCUGGCUCAGUUAUUGGGUGGUGAAGAGGUCCAUGUCUGCCGAGCCAGCAAAGGACCAUCCACACCGGGCCGAUUGGAUUUGGGUACCUGUGGAGGUGAAUUCGCCCAGGUUGUCUUGGAGGGAUCCCACCACCAUCGCCGUCUUGAGAUCUGUUAUGGACGCCAUAAAAAGCAGGUACUACAUCGUCUCCAACUACACCUGCGAGGUCCACGUUCACGCUGGCCGGAUGGACGGUCGGCCGUUUACCCUCCCAACGCUAAAGAAACUCGCAAUACUGUGUUGGGCGGCGGAACCGGUUUUGAGGAAGGUCAAAGAUCCAAGGAGCCCCAAUCACGCACACGUCUAUACAUGGAGCAAUUCGACCAGGGAGUACAGCAGGCUCGCUGCUGAAUUAAAGUCGGAAAAAGUAGUUCAUAUGCCUCUACUACAAGACCUCGUUGGAUUGCCUGAGGCUUUUAAGUGGGUAUUAAAGGAUCCUAGCACGAUUACCAACAGUGACAUGGAAGCAUCGCGCCUCAUUGCUGCAACGCGCUCUCAUACUCAGCUUGGCAGGCUAAUGUCGGGCGAAGGCAGACCAUAUCGGCGGCUUGGGUUCAACUUCAGUGCCUUCGGAGGCGAAGAUGAGCGGGCUAGGACAAAUCCGAGAACUGUAGAAUGUCGAUUCUUGGAAGGUACCAUCGAUACAGAUGUGGUAGUCAGCUGGGUCCAGAUCUUUGGUAAAAUGGUUGAGGCUGCACUUGAUGGCGCUGCAGACGGCGACCGUUUCACGAGGCUUGCCACACACAGGUCGAGGGGUCAGGGGAAGGCCGAUUUGCUCGAUUAUGGACUCGUGAGACUAAUGCAAAGACUAGGUAUUCGCGAAGAAGUGUAUCGGCCUAUUAAAAUGAUGAUACGAGGCGUUCAAGGUUAA